AUGACUGCUUGUAAUUUUGCUUGGUUUUGUAUGGCAAGUAAUAUAUUUUUUAAAUUAUUGUUUAGCUUGUCCUGAAUCUUAAUAUAAUUAUAUAUUCUUAAUUGAAAUUGCAUUUAAGAUAGCUAUAUAAAUAGCUGAAAUCAUUUUCAUUUGUGUUUCCUUUGAUAUUUUUUUAUUAAAAAAGACUUUUUAUUAAAAUGUUUAUGAUAAUAGAUUUGUUUCAGAUCCUGUUAGUGAUUCCUUUUUCACAAAUCUAGAAAUAUAGAUUUAACUAGCAAAUUGA